GAAUGCUUUGUUCACUGUUUGUAAACAUUUGGCUUGUUUUCGUUCGAAAUAUAUUCGUAAAUUCACAGUUUAGUGAUCCCGUCCUUUAUUAGUACCCUGUGCAGUGAAAUCGUGCGUGUGAAACUAGUUUUUUUGUGCUUGAGUGCGCCAUCUGCUGGUGAAUAGCGCAAUCUUCAAGUGCUUUGCGACGCGCCAAUUUGAAAUAAUUCUGGCAAUAGCUGAACCCAGUGUACUUCGAGCUUUCCUUUGCCUACCCUUCGGCGCAUUUGCAUAGCUGUAGUACUUACACCAUCGGCCAGAAAUUUUCGACCAUGGCUUGUAAAAAGUGCCAGAAGACCGUUUCCGAAAAGGAACGCAUUUUUUGUCGUGGAUUCUGCGGUGAUACUUUUCACAUCAUUUGCGCCAAGGUUGAACUGGAGCUUCUUGACCAGCUGGGACUGUACGAGAAAAACGUGUUCUGGAUGUGUGAUCACUGUUCCGAGCUUUUCACUAACGGUCAUUUCCGCAACAUCGUCAGCCGGGACAGCGCGCAGAGCUCUUUAAUACCGGAAGCCGUCGAUUCGAUGAAGGCGGACAUUGAUAAAUUGAAUUCGGCAGUGGCCGCCCUAGCGGCCAAAGUAGACUCGAAACUACCAUCCGCUUCGACAUCGACAUUGUCUUGGCCUAGAUCGGAUCGUCUCAACUCUAAUCGUAACACCCCAAAGCGUCGUCGGACUUCGAUUAACUCGAACGAUAAACCGAUUCUCAGCGGCACGAAACCACCCAGUGAGUCGAUUAAAACAGUUAACCAAAAUGCGGAUAAGGUGUGGGUAUAUUUAUCGGCGUUUCACCCCAGUACCACGAACGAAGAUAUUGCGUCACUCGUUCGUGACUGUCUGGCACUGGACCCUAGUGAAACACCAAUGGUGGCCAAACUGGUACCCAAAGGUAGAGAUCCAACAACGCUGAACUUCGUAUCGUUCAAAAUUGGCGUCAAGAAAGAACUGCGUGACCUGGCACUUUCUUGCGACUCUUGGCCUGAGAGUAUCCAGUUCCGUGAGUUCGAAGAUUCACGAAGCUUGAAAAUCACCCAAUUGACGAAUGCUGCCCCUAUGGAGUGACAGCUUAUACUUCCAGAAAUUCAACCGAGACGCACCGUAGAAAGCCUGAUGGAAGCUCCCAAUCGCCCCAACCCAGUCCGGCAUAUCGCAGCCUCCGUUCAUCACAGCCGUCUCGGUGCUGUGGUUGGUGGUGGAAAGGGAGUCUUCCACCAUGCUUGCACAGGCAAGUACUGUUUUGAUUCGAGCUUUUCGUUGCGUGACGAGUUUUCCCGCACCCAGGUUAUCAUUAGCUGUCCGGACCAUGAUGAAGUGAAUCCUGUUGCUGCUGCACUUCGGACAAAUAGACGCAUCGCAGGAACGAACGAUGAGUAUUUUCAACCGGGACGCACCGUAGAAAGCACUUGGGAAGUCCUCGGUUCCUCUAACUCAGUCGUGCCGAUUCCUGCCAGCGUACAUCAAUGUCGUCCCGGCCCUGAGCUUAGAUGUGGAUCGGGGGUCUUCCAACUUGCUAUGUCAGGCAAGUACAAAUAUUAUUCUGAACAUUCACUGCCUGAUGCCGAGUCGAAUUUCAGCACUCUGGAUGUCACCGAUCGAGGAAAUGCUUCUACUCCUGUUAAUUGGAACCUGGGACGCGCUGUAGAAAGCAUUGUGGAAGCCCCCAAUCCCUCUGACCCAGUCCUGCCAUCUGCCGCCUCCGAUCUUCAUAGUCGUUCCGGGCCUGUGGUUGGAUGUGGAGAGGGGGUCUUCCAACCUACUCACUACGGCGAGUAUCCACUUGAGAUUGUUCAUGUCCAUUCGCCACCUGAUAUUUCCAUGACUUCCAGGGAAAACGCCUUACCUCGUGCGACCACCGACCGUAGUAAACACGACGUCAUUUUCUACUACCAAAACGUAGGCGGAAUGAAUUCUGGUGUUCUUGACUACCACCUAGCUGUAUCGGACCGGUGCUACGAUGUCAUCGUUUUUGUCGAGACUUGGCUCGAUUCUCGAACGCUUUCCAUCCAGGUGUUCGGAUCCGAAUACGAGGUUUUCCGCUGUGACAGAAAUCCGAAAAACAGUCGGAAAUCUACUGGAGGUGGUGUUCUCGUGGCAGUUCGUUCCGGGUUAAAGGCGAGAGCUAUUGAAAACGUCUUGUGGAACUGUGUGGAACAAGUUUGGGUGGCCGUAGAACUGAGCGAUCGCACACUGUACCUAUGUGCGGUGUAUAUUGCACCUGACCGGGUUCGUGACAACGAACUUAUCGAUACCCAUUGCCGGUCCGUUUUCACCAUAAUGGAGAGUGCGACACCAACUGAUGAGAUAAUCGUUCUGGGCGACUUCAAUCUACCCGGUGUUUCCUGGAAACCAUCUUACAGCGGCUUUCUCUACCCAGACCCUGUACACUCUGUAUUUCAUACAGGAUCAGUUAGCCUUCUCGACUGCUAUAGUACAGCAACACUAUCUCAAAUAAACCACGUAGUCAAC